AUGUUAAAAAUAUAUUCAAUCUUACCACCACCUAUCAAUAAGUUUGCGGGUUUUAUCCUUUAUGGGUUAUUAUCAGUAGCGUUAAUAGCGUUAGCACAGGAAGAUACUAUAGCUGGCAAUUGUAUGGUACCCUUAGAGCCAGUUCCGGUAGAGAAUAAGCAAAUAACGAUAGGAUAUGUUCAACUGUUUGACACAAGCCAACAAAAACGACCAACCAUUCCAUGGAGCUAUUAUGAUUUUAUAAAUGUUAUUGCAUACCCACAAGACAGAGGAGGAGAUUGGAAUGAUAUUUUCCGUCCAAAAGAUGUGAGCAAAUUAAAACUCAUAGAUGAUUUGGUUAGAGAUAAAGCUAAUUCAUCUACUAAAAUUCUUCUUUCAAUAAGAGGUUAUGACGUUAGACAGCAAAUUGAUGGCGAUUAUCAAAAAAUUAUUACCGAAUCAAUUGAUACUAUAAAACAUCAUGGUUUAGACGGUAUAGACAUUGAAUAUCCUGGAAUGAGAGGAAGUUUAUGUAAAGAACCUGAUUUUAUAUGGGAUAAAGAAAAUGAUGGCAAAUUCAUUAAUUUUUUAAGAAACCUUCGAAUGGAAUUGAAUGGAAUGGAAGGUCCAAAAAAAAUACUAAUGUUAACAGUUGCGCCAGACGAUAACAGCUAUAGAUCAUAUCCAAAUUCUCCGUUGAAUUUAUUCAGAACGGCAUAUGAAAGUUGGAGUAUUACUGGUGGAAUUGAUAGUAAAAAAAUAAUUAUGGGCGUAGAUUUUGGGAACACUAUUCAAAUGAUAGUUGAUAAUGUCAAAGCAAUUGAAAAAUCUCAAACUGUUAAUUUUACCAAUAAUGGUGUUUUUGAUAUUAAUCGUCUAGGUUUAGAGGCGCAAACAAAACGAAUCAAAUAUCCUUGCGGUGAUGAUGUUAAUGAUAUUAAUCAAAUGAAACUAUAUUCAUGGGCAUGGAAAUAUCUUUCAAAUUCCACUCUAGAUCCAAAAUCCGGAUAUUGUAAUAUUAUUAAUAAUAAUUCUCAAUUGAAUUGGACGCGUAAUUUCGGCCAGGUUGAUGAAUCUAAGACACCAUGGUUAUAUAGCGCUAUUAGUCCUGGUAUUACUCCUAAUAAUUAUUUGUAUGUAUCUUAUGAAGAUUUUGUUUCAUUAAGUUUGAAGUUAGAAUUUGCCAAGAAUAAUUCAGUCGGAGGAAUUUCUAUAUCUGAUGUUACUUUUGAUGAUGACAAUUUAUUAAAUUUUAUGCAACCAAUACGAAGUAAAUCAGCAGUUGGAAGUUCAUCUCCGUCGAAUGGAUCAGAUAAUGGAAAUUCUAAAUCUAAUCCUAAUAAUAACGUAGGGAUGAAGAAAGGAAUUAUCACCGGUUCAAUUGUUGGAAGUGUAUUGGGUCUGUUUUUAUUGGUAAGUUGCGCGUAUUGGUAUCGUCAAAAAACUCUUCGUAAAUCCGAAGUUGAUAUUAAUCCAGAAUUAUCAUCAAAUCGAAUUGUUUCUUCGACAACUGUUAUACAAAGUGAUCGACGGAUCAUCGAUCAUCUAAUUAUCGAAUGA